AUGACUGCUGAAAACGAACUGGCAACGAUUCAUCUUCGCUGCAUUCCAGACAAUCCAAAUUCUCUUAGUGGAGUUUUAAAUACGAAAAAAGUUCGGUUCGACAUCGAAACGAAAGCUAAAGGAGAAAAUGACAAACGCACACCACUCAAUCUUGUCCUUGUUCUUGAUCGCAGUGGUUCGAUGGAAUCAAACGACAAAUUAACAUUUGCCAAGAAAGCUAUUGUGUCCGUCCUCAAUCUUCUUCAUGAUGACGAUGUUGUUCAUCUCAUAGCUUACGAUAGUGAUGUGUCUGUUAUCUUUGAAAAUGCUCGAGCAUCUUCUCGUCAAUAUCUUUAUCCUUUGGUUGACGAUAUUGAAACGGCUGGAUCAACAAACAUAUCCGGUGCUCUCGAAAUCGGUGCAGGCCUUCUCGAAAAAUAUGUCUACGAAGGAUUUGCACGACGAAUGUUCCUCUUUUCUGAUGGUCAAGCCAAUGUUGGAAUGACAAGGCGAGAAGAGUUAACGAAACUCGUUGCUGGAUACAAUACAAAAGGUAUUAUAACUGACUCGUUUGGUAUUGGUGCUGAUUUCGACAGCGAAGUUAUGAAAGGUAUUGCUGAUUCUGGUGGAGCACGAUUUUAUUUUCUUGCUUCGUCUGAUUUGAUCGAAUUACUUGUUACUAAAGCACUUGUGUGUGUCUUUGGCGUAUGUGCUUCCCGUGUUCGUCUUCUUGUGCGUGGUAAAAACGGAGCAACUGUCACCAAAAUUUGGGGACAUGACGAUCUCGUUGCUGGGGCAAGUCUCGGUGAUCUCUUUAGCAAUAACUCUCGAUCAAUUCUAUGUGAGUUUACGACCACCGGCGCAGCGAACACUGAUGUUGAAGUUCUCGCCUACGAAUUACGAUAUAAUCAACCGGAUAAUCUUCUUGGUGAACCAUGUUCCAUUAAAAAUACAUUAUCGAUUCGAUUUGUUGAAGAUGAUGCACUUGUUAUAGAUGUUGAUCCUCGCGUGAAGAUUAUGUAUGCUUCUCAACAAGCAUCUGAAAUGGAUAAACAAAUUGCUCAAUUGAUGGCAGGUGGCCAACGACAGGCUGCGAUUGAAGUUGUCGAAAAACAAAUUCAACUACUUAAAGAUGUUGAACAAUUUGAUGACGAUAAAGGAUCGGUGUCCAUGUUACUUCGAUUAGCCGAGCACAUGCAGAAAAAAUUUCAAAACAAAAAUAUGAGUUCGAAAAUUAUUUCACAAGGGUACCGUCAUCAGGCUCAUUUGAAAGAAGAAUGUGAUGAAGCUGAUAUGGGGUUUGGUCUUUUUGAUUAA